UGUGAUGAGCAGGCAUUCUCUGAGCAGACUGAGAUGUAACCUUUCACCCGUGGAGGGAGUUCCUUCACAGCUGGGAAUUUAAAGCACUGUGAAAGAAACGUUUAACUACAAACUGCUUCCGCCCUGGGAUGCAAUGGAGGAGUUGGGGGGUAAGUUGCCCCAAAUGUCAGGUGCAGCAUGAAUGACUGAGCCCUGUUCUUCUAGCACUUUCAACUCUAGUCUACCCCAUUUGCCUCACGUUGGCUGUGCCCAUGGCAUCCAGUUAUCCUCCUCCAUUGGAGGGUUCUGUGGAGGUAAAGGAGGGCUUCUUGUGUCCGCUAUGCCUGAAGGACCUGCAGUCCUUUUACCAGCUGCAGGACCACUAUGAGGAGGAGCACUCGGGAGAGGAGCGGCAUGUACGUGGUCAGAUAAAAAGUCUGGUGCAGAAGGCCAAGAAAGCCAAAGACAAGCUGCUUAAGCGGGAUGGAGAGGAGAGGAACGAGACCAGCUAUGAAUCUUUUUAUUACGGGGGAGUGGACCCAUACAUGUGGGAACCACAGGAGCUUGGAGCUACCAGGAGCCAUGUAGACUUUUUCAAAAAACACAGAGCUGAAAGGAUUGACCACUAUGUGGUUGAAGUUAAUAAACGCAUCAUCCGACUAGAGAAGCUAACAUCUUUUGACAGGACCAAUAUGGAUGCAGGAAAAAUCAGAGCACUUGAGAAAUCUGUGGUGUCUUGGGUAAAUGACUCGGAUGUGCCCUUUUGCCCGGACUGUGGGGGCAAGUUCAACAUCAGGAACCGCCGUCACCAUUGCCGCCUGUGCGGUUCCAUCAUGUGCAGGAAGUGCAUGGAAUUUGUCACAUUGCCAUUAGCCUACAAACUGACCAGCGGCACUCGCGAGGCCCUGAGUGCCCCAGCAGGCAGCCCUGGGCAGAAGGAGUCGUCUGGCUCUGGGGUCGCAGUGGUCCCGUCCCUCUCCCGGCGCGGCAGCAUCAGCAGCCUGAGUUCGGUCAGCUCCGUACUGGAGGAGCGGGACGACGACCGCAUCCGCUGCUGCCACCACUGCAUGGACACGCUGCUCAAGCGCCAGGAGAAGCUGGAGGAGAAGGACCACGUGCCCGACAUCGUCAAACUCUAUGAAAAACUGAGGCUUUGCAUGGACAAGGUCAAUGAGAAGGCUCCCGAAUACAUCCGCAUGGCCGAGUCCUUAAAUGCAGGAGAGACAACCUAUAACCUGGACACAGCAGGUGGCCUCAGGAUGGAGGUGCAGAAGUACUACGAGCUCAUCGAUGCUCUCAGUAAGAGGAUUAUGACACUUGGAGUAAAGGAGGAACCUCAACCUCAUCCGAAGACUCUUCAGCUACAGAGGAUGGUGCGCUACAGUGCCACGCUGUUUGUUCAGGAGAAGCUUCUGGGUCUCAUGUCUCUGCCCACUAAGGAUAAGUAUGAAGAGCUGAAAGAAAAGCGAAGAGAGGAACAGGAAAGGAGACUGCAGCAGGAGAGACAGGCUGCUCUUGAGAAUCAAAAGCGUCGGUCGGAGUUAGACAGGACUCGUCCAGCCCCCAACACCAACGGAGAGGCCCCCGCCUCUGCGCGCUCUCCCCGCAUGACCAAGGCGGUCGGCUGGCUGCCCUCGUCGGACGCGCUGCACACGCGCCAGCUGGACGACCCACUGCUGCAGCAGAUCGACAACAUCCAGAGCUUCCUGCGACAGGCGCGCGCAGCCGGCCGCACGGACGAGGCCACCGUGUUGGAGGAGAACCUGCGGCAGCUGCAGGACGAGUACGACCUCCAGCAGACCAGCCGCGCCAUCGAGCUCUCCAAGAAGCUGGCCGAGGAGGAGAGCCUGCAGCAGGAGCAGCUGGAGCGCCUGGAGUGGAAGGAGAGGGCACACGGGGUGUGGAGGGACACCGAGGGAUACGGAGAGGAGCAGACAACGGCAGAGGAGGAGGUGAGGAAGAAGGUGAAGGAGGAGGAGGAAGAAGAGAAGGAGGAAGAUGAGGAGGACAAGCGCUACACCCUGGCCAGACUAAGCACUUCGCCGCCUAGAGCAACAACCAUCAAGAGCUUCCCACCCCUGGGCGAGUCUCCCCCGACCACAUCCGAACAGCCCCCGUCACUCAACCCCUUUGAUGAGGAAGACUCCACCCCGGUGGAAGAGGACGAUUCCAACCCCUUCGCUGAGGACAUCCAGAGAGAACAGAAGGCAGCCACGGCCAAUGGGAAAAAGGAGUACAACCCCUUUGAGGAGGAAGAGGAGGGCGUGGUGGAUGAAGGAGCUGAGACCACGCGGGAAAGUCCAACGGGUAGAAACCCCUUUGAAGAAGAUGCGGACGGUGAUGCAAGGAACCCGUUUAAUGAAGGGACGGCUGGCACGCCACCUGGAGCGUCCAAAAAUCCUUUUGAUGACGACGAGGAUGAUGCGUCGGUGGCGUGCGAAAUCAUAGAGGAGGAGCUGUUACGGCAGCAGAUUGACAACAUCCGCGCCUACAUUUUUGACGCCAAACAGAAUGGACGCGCAGACGAGGUGGAGCUGCUGUCUGAGAACCUGCGGGAGCUGCAGUGCACACUGCAAGAACAAAAGAGGAAAGCAUGCUAAACCCCCCCCCUUUUUUUUUUUUUUUUUUUCCUCUCACUUUUCUUGAUCCCUCUCCCGUCACUCCAUCCGUCCUGCUUUUCUGUCUCACAAGCAGUAUUUCUUCAUUUGUCUCCCAACAGCAGGACCGUUUGAUGUGCGUUCACUUGUGUCCUGUUUCUCUCUCUCUCCAGGACAUCCUUGGAUGGGGAGAACUCAUACAUACAUACAUACAUACAUACAUACAUACAUACAUACAUACAUACACACACACAUACAUACAUACACAUACCCACACAUACACAUACCCACACACACACUAGAGCUAAACUGAUGGAUAGGACUUUCAGGUUUUAUAUUGAGUUCAACCUAAGUUAACUGAAACUGAAUGUGGAGAGGCCUGAUCUCCCACAGCUAUCCCCAAAUCAAGUCUCAUUCUGCUUCAUUACGGCAGACUCGAGUACCAGAAGGCUCUUCCUGAGAUACCAGAGGGCAAAAUGGACAGUCCAGACUGUGAGAAGGUAUUUAUGUGGAACUGCAGUCAGCCGACAACUUGAAUAACAAUCCUUUUACUGCUUCACUGUCCGUCAACUCUGUGGCUACCAGGGUCCCUACAUUAAUAGCCUUGAGGGGUAAAUAUAUUUUAUAUAUGCACUCUCCCCACCAAUGAAAAUAAGAUAACUUGUAUGAGAAUCUAGCUCUACUUGGUAGUAACGUGAUUUCUGCUACACCAACCUUAAAUUGCACCAUAUCCUUUAAGUCAUAGCCUUAAUACAGAUGGUUCAACUUCCAGGUUGGUCAGUGUUACAGUUGAACUCUGCCAGCACCUGAGGAUUUUUCAGAUCAGCACUCGGGGCAGCCCUUGACCCCCUGGCUUUGAGACUCAGUUGCAACAAUUUGCCAUAAAGCACUUUUUAAACGCUGAAGGUCAGUUCAGUUUGCAUUAUCUUUCCCCCCAAAAAAGACAGGAAUUUUUUUACCAAAGUAAUGUUUUGGUACUUCCUGUGCAAUUCAGUCAUAUGUACAGUGCAUAGGGUAUGUACUUUGUGAACGAAUGAGUGUGUAUUGUUACAGACUAGUUCACAAAAUGAAAUCUUAGAUUAAAAGUGAUGUGUAACUGAUGAUGAGGCACUCCUCUUAGCAUUCAUAUGGUUCUCAUGAGUUCCUGCCAUGCAUCACUAGUCAUAUGCUAACAUGCACUAACAUGCCUGUACCUGAACCUACACAAUAUAUGUCAUGAUCCUCACUGACCUACACUUGCAGUCCACUGGGGUUGACAUUUAGCCUUCUUCCACAAAGGAGCCAAGAACCACUCUUAACACAAUGCAAGUGCUUAUUUGCCCACAGGGAUAGCCAUAUCAUGCAGACACUACACCAGUCCAGUGCUAAGUAUUAUCAUGUAUACUGUCGGAUUAAAGUUUGCUCUAAUUUACAGAUUUUACUUAAGAACAAUGUUAAAGUUGACAUUUUGUCUCAAGCUGGAAUAGUAUUGUCUUUCGUCACCAGUGUACAUUGUACAGCGUUGCUUGGUGCAACUUUGGGAGUCAGCACUUUCAUGGGGCACCUGUAUAACUGGUGCACUGAGUGACUAAUUUAGUAGCUUUUGGACAAUGUUGCCUGCUCUCCUGUGUUGAUGUCAGGAGUAUGUUGUAACUCUGCACUAAUAAAAUUACAUGUGAAGAAAUGCC